AUGAAUGUCGGUCGUUUUGAAAUGGCGAUCAUUAUCUUCAUUCCCUUAUGUGAAUUAUCAUUGAAAAAUAAUUUCCACAAGAAAAGUUCUAAUACAGAUAACAAGUUAAAUCCGCAGCACGUUCACUCGAUUAUUGUGAAAAAUUUCCGUUCAUUACUUGGUUCAUCCCAUGAAAAUCCUGUUUACAUUAAAUCUUUAAGAUUAAUAAAGUUCUUGAAAAUUGGAUUUAACACCCUUCGUCUUGAAGCAAUUUAUGGAAUCAAGGAAGCCAAAUGUAAAUAUGUUUCCUCAGGAGGCAAACACCACUCGCACACUCUCGAAGAGCUGGCAAUAAAUUACACAAUGCUUUUACGUUCCGACAUUAAUUCUGAAUAA